AACAAAUACGAUGUUGUACUGCUAGUAAUAGCUAAACGGCUCUACCUUGCUAAGAACCGAAAUAAAUCAUAUUUUGCGCUUUUUUACCAUUUUUGUUAGCACCGACUUCCAAGAAAACAGGUGAAGCUGUGGUAGCUUUAGCACAGGGGAAGAAGAAGAAGCAGCCCACACCAUAACAACAACGUGGUUUUAUAGAAGCUACUGCUGCUUGCUGACUUUAUUUACAAUGAAGCAACAGCCCGAAAACCACCAGCAGCCCUCUCUCUAUUUAGAAGUUUGCUUUCAAAACGAGGAGCCGCGCCUUCCCCUGCACACCUCCAUCGUCCUGUUCCUCCUUUCUUACUGCGAGUGCAAGUUUUUUAAAGUUUACCUGGUCUUCAAGAAACCCAGCAGCUCCGAGUCUCUGAGAAGUCAGCUGCCAGAGCAUCUGGACUCCUCUGAUGUUCAGUCAGAGGCUCUGCCUCAGCUGGUUAGGGACUGUCGCCUCCCUGCUGUUUUGGAUGAGACAGGGCAGCUCUGCAGGGCAGGACUGGCAGUGGUCCUUAGACAUAUUAUCAACAAAACCAUCGAAGCUGACCCCUCCAGAAAUGAUGUACUGGCUCUGCUGGGUUUCAAGAAGACUUGUCUGAAAGCCUGCGCUGAGGUGAGCCGGUGGACUAGAUUGUGUGAAAUUGAAAUCCCCUCUGCUGUUGAAGAACAUCUCCAGAAUCCUGCAAAUGAUGAUCAACAGGUGCCCCUCUCCAUUCUCACUCUUGAGCGAAGGCUCGCGGAGCCUGUCAGAGUCCACAACGAUGACAAAAUACGAAGGCGGAAACUCCAGGAGCAGAGACGUGAAGAGUCUGCUGAAAGCCAAGAGAACCUGGACUCCGAGUCCGGGCUUGGACAGUCGUCUCAGGCCUGUGAUGGACUUGAGCUUAGAGCAGCUUUGGCCAAACUGUCUGUGGAUUCAGUACCAGCUUUAGCCACCAGAGAGAACUCUGAGAUCAGGAAAGUGAAGACAGCAGAUUUGCCUCCGUUGGAGCAUGUGUUUGCCGAGGGACUGUACUUCACUCUGACUGAUGUGGUGCUGCUCCCGUGCAUCUAUCAGUAUCUGUGUUCCCUCCAAGCACGCGCUGCCGCCACUCUACAUCAUCUCCCCCACCUACUGCGCUGGUACGGCCGUGUCCAGGAGGUACCGGGGGUGCUUCGGGCAGCCAAGGCUUGUGGGCUACUUCUGUCCAUACCCCAGGCUCCCACGUCUGGACUCCCAAUUCUCUCAGCAGAGGACAACCCAACCAGUCUACCGGUGGAAGAGGAAGAAGGCCGGGAGAUGGCCCCAGAGGUUCCUUUUGUCGGCGGCCCAAGGCCCACAAUGACUAAACUCAAAGAAAAUGGCAUCGAGGCAGUCUUCACUCCUCAUCCUUGCCCUUCCUGGACCCUCCCAUGGGAAAGCUUACCAGGAGCGAUCAACCCUACUGAAGGGAAAAUGUCAAAUAUCCGUGCAGUCAGGAAGAUGCAACAGCUGAAUAACUUGGUUGCCAUGGUUACAGAGCUCGCCAGGCCAGGAUACACCAUCGUGGAUUUCUGCAGCGGAACGGGCCACGUAGGGAUUGUUCUUGCUCACACACUUCCAGACUGCCAGGUCAUCCUCAUAGAGAACAAAGAAGAGUCCUUGGUCAGGGCUCAGAGUCGCAGUGCUGAGCUCGGUCUGAAAAAUAUCGGCUUCAUUCAGGCCAAUCUGGAUUACUUCACUGGACCUUUUCACAUCGGGGUCGCCCUUCAUGCAUGUGGCGUUGCAACAGAUAUGGUAAUGGAGCAUUGCAUCCAGGCCCGAGCCGCCUUUGUUAUUAGUCCUUGCUGCUACGGCUUCAUCCAGAAUGCUGUGAAGUUCAGCUUCCCCAAGAGCAAAAUGUUCCAGGAGACUCUGACAUCUAAGGAACACAUGAUCCUCUGUCGCUUCGCAGACCAGACAGCUGUCCAGCUUCCGCCAGACAGGAGACUCAUUGGUAAACAGUGUAUGGGCUUGGUAGACUUGGACCGGUCAUGGGCAGCAGAGACUCAUGGGUAUUCGGUUCAAGUAAUGACUAUGGAGCCCGAAAGCUGCUCACCAAAGAACAACAUGCUGGUGGGAAGGCCGCUGCAGAAGAGAGGACUGGAAGAGGCAGUGCAUAAUUAACACUCGAUUCUCUGGAGUACAGCAGAGCGUCUUUAGCAUUGUAAGGGUUUGAUAAACUAUCCGGCUUCUGGCUGUAUCACGAGUGUUUUUUCAACCACCCUCAACAAUUUACUUUAUUUAUUUUUUUACAAGCUCAGCCUUAACUGCAGAAAAUACAUGUUUAUUAUUUCUGUACUGUCAAAGGUCAUCUGGCUUUGUGGCUCAGUUGGGAGUUCGCCUUGUAUUCGGAAGGUUGCCGGUUCAAGCCC